AUGGUACAAAGUUUAUCCAAAGCAGCGGUCUGUAAGCUAUUUCCGACAACCCAAAAGGGACCCGCAGCAAUAUGGUACCAAAGCUUAAAAGAAGGAUCGAUUCGAAGUUUUAACGAAUUGGCAAGAGCGUUCCGAACACACUUCGCCCCGAGUAUACAACACAAAAAGAAGUCCAGCGACCUCAAACUCUGCUAUCAGAAACCGAGAGAAAGUUUGCAAAGCUACAUAGGAAGAUUCAAUGCCGAGGCGGUGGAAGUAGGAAACCUAAACGACGAUACAAUGAUAGACGCAAUGAAAGAUAAUACAACGAUGAUGGCAUUCCGCGAUAAUCUGAUCACCAAUCCGAUGAGGAACACCAGAGAAAAGCCGCCCAGACGACAAGCCAUGUUUCGACACCAAGGCCGACUUUCAACAACACCCCCGGCCAGACAGGUUCGGCCCGAGGGAACAGCGACAACCACCGCCACCUCGGAUGGAACCACAUCGACCGGUGAAGUUAGAAGAUCAAGUCUUCAUCCCGCUCAACACUCCCCGAUCGCAUAUCUUAAUAUGGAUACAAAUAACAUUGAACGAGUUCGAUAUCCACCCAAAAUGCAGUAUGAGGGAGAUAAGCAAAAAUAUUGUCAGUUCCAUGACGGGCAUGGACACAUCACCGACGAGUGUGGUAGCCUCAAAAAAGAGAUUGACCGACUGGUGCAAAUAGGCCGAUUAAAGUACUUUGUCGCCCAAAAUAAAACGUUCACACCCGGGAGAAACAACCCAACUAAUCAGAACACCAGGCGAGAAAGCGGUCCCCCACCAAAGAGACAAAAUUUCGCCGGAGUUAUUAACACGAUAGCUGGGAGAAUAACCAACCCUGAGUACAAACAAGGUCAAAAAAAGAGGCAAAAAUUGGUGAUGCACAUAGCCACGACAGAAGUGUUGCCCGACGUUAGUGUCACCUCGGAAGAUGGAGAAGGAAUCGAUUUCCCUCACCAGGAUCCAAUAGUCAUAUCGAGUUUAAUUGAGAAUUUCGGGGUUAUGAGGCAGCUGAUAUAUGAAGGCAGCUCAGUUAAUCUAAUCACCAAAGAAGCUUAUCUCGGUAUCGGUUGCUCGGUGCUGAACUUAAAAAAGGUUAGUACACCACUUGUCGGCCUCGGAGGAUCCCCAGUACAAGCAGAAGGAGUCGCCGAGCUAACUGUCGAACUCAGACAAGAUAAUGGAAACCCAUUGGGAGGACUAACUGGUCUUACGGCCAAGUUAAAAACACUAUUCAUGGUGGUCGACAUGCCCCUAGCAUAUAAUGUUAUCCUCGGUCGGCCAAUGCUCUACGCUACAGGCGCGGUGACAUGCAUCUGA